GUAUAAUUUUUACUGCUUUUGGACCCAACGAGCCUAAGGAUAUCUCUGAUAAGGCAAGUUCUUCUUACCUAUCUCGUCGUUUCUGUCGUUGGCGAUUUAUUGGGCCUCCCUUCGUUUGUUUCGGCCAUUAAUUAAUUAUGAAGUUUUUAAACGGUUAGUUUAAGAUUUAAUUUAUUAAAUGGAUUUCGUGGGUUUUAUUCGUUGGUUGCCUACGGGGGUUUGUGCCACCCCCCUGCCUGUUGGGAAUGAUGCCGUACUCACCCGGGGCUAGGUUCUUAGCGGUUCGGGUAUUAAUUGGAUUUUUGGUCAUUUUCUGGCUGGAGCGGUUGUGCAGUGGGGGCUAGGAUCGAUGGUUCGGUGACGGAGUGACUGUCGUACGGACUACCUUAGGCCGCCGGCGAGUCUCUCCUACCCACUGACCGUUGACCGGUGCCAGGCACUGCUAACUUGCUUAGCCGUUAUGUGAUUAUAGCAUGCCUGCUUAUAUUUUAUUCUCGUUGCAUGGCUUGAUGUGCACAUGGGUACGGGCUGCAUGUUGGGAUUAACAUGAUUUGGUUAUGCUUGGUCACGGGCAUUUUAGCUUGAUUAUGAUGCAUCCAGCACGGGCAUAUGCAUCGUGUGUGGCUUACUAUAUGGGCGGAGCAUGGCCUGAUGCUUGGAUGUAUGGGCGCCUGGUAUCACGUUGAUGCUCACUACGCCAUUGCAUUUUAUGUGCAUUGCAUGGCUACUGAUAGUAUUUAGUUCUCGGACGGGAGUACCGUUCCGAGGGAGCCUAUGGCUCGGUUGUCGGGAGUACCGACGUGGAUACGGGUGACGGGAGUACCGCCCCGGGACAGUGCGCACAGGUUUGUUGAGGAUAUUGUUGCCUUCCAGGGCAGCGGCAGGUUGGUAUGGGACUUGGGUGCCAGGUGUCUUGUGUGGGCCCCAAGGACCGGUAUGUGCUUUCACUAUACUGCACUGUUGUGUUGUAGCGUCUCAUGACUUGUGUGUACUUGUGGGGCUGUGUUUGGGAUGGUCUCUUCUUUUAUUUAUAGCCUUUCAUUUCUUAUAAACUUGCUGAGUCUUGCGACUCACCUUGCUUUCCAUCAUUCCAGGUAAGGGUAAAGCAAAGGCCGAGGGCGAGGAUCGUUCCAUUUAGCAGCCGGCCGUGUUGGUAAGGUAUCAUGGACGCACGACGUGGGCGAGGUCGUGGUAGACCGUCGGCACGAGGUAGAGGACACCUUGUCCCUACUCCGGAGGUUCAGGCUACAGGUGCGGGAGAGCAGAGACAGCCAGGGCCACCAGAUAUGCAGGAGACAUUAGCGGGUAUUUUACGAGCUGUAGAUGUACUGGCAGCAUCUCAGUUGCGACAGGAGCGCAGACAUGAUGAUAGGACCGCUACGGCCCAGGCGUCGCAUUCAGGUACGUCGGGAGCAGGGGACGGUUCAGGUGCUACAGUGCUUAGAGAUUUUAUGGCCUUGCGACCACCAGAGUUUAGUGGAGGCGCUGAUGCGACGGUGGCUGAGGAUUGGUUACUAGCGGUGGAGAAGCAUUUGAGAUCCAUAGACUGUGCAGAGGCCCACAGAGUUCGGCUGGGGACUUUCUUGUUACGAGGUGACGCCGAGCGGUGGUGGGAGACCACCAGACAGAGAUAUGGCGAUGGAGGUCCGUCAUGGGCACAGUUCGUCGAGGCGUUCAAUGAGACCUAUGUACCAGCUUGGAUCAGAGAGCAGAAGGUGUUUGAGUUCAUUCAGUUACAACAGGGCAGUAAGACAGUUACGCACAAGUUUCAGAGGGGGUUACGACCAGAGAUCCGUCAUGCCAUGGCUGGUAUUGAGGCCCCUGACUUCCCUACGGCUGUUCAGCGAGCCCACGCGGUGGAGAGGGAUCGAUUGGAGACCCGAGCAGAGCAGUCAGUCUUGAAGGGUGCAGGGAGCAGCAGUAAGAAGAGGAAGUGGGAUGCAUGCAGCCAGAGUUCGGGAUUUCCACAGUGCCGGCAGUGCGGGCAGAGACACCAGGGGCAGUGUCGGGAGGGCAGGAGAUUAUUUGUUUUCGCUGUGGACAGAGGGGCCACCGAGCGAACAGGUGCACCCAGCCAGCACAGAGUGGAGGGCCACGGACUGGAGGUGUGGGGCCCAGACCAGCUCAGAGACAGUCUGCACCUAGGGCGCAGGGUUCAGGAGCGCCAUUACCUCUUCCAGCAGCACAGCGCCCAGGACCUACAGAGAGAGUUCAGAUGCAGGGACAGGCAUUUGCAGUGUCAGCGGCCGAGGCAGCUGAGAGCAGUGAUAUAG